CAGCUGCCUCUGGCUCGCUCCAGGUUUGGUGGCUCAGCCCAAAAAGGGACUCCCGUGUUUGGAUCAGCUAAAUUACUCCCCAAAUUAGCAAUGCAGACAGGAGCAGGCCUCGGAAAAAAAGAUUGGAUAAGAUUGAGAGGUAAAAAAACAUCGCUAUCUACAGCCUCAUAAUAGGUUCCUACGCACAAACACACCCAGCGCUGAUCACAUCUCGGCUUCUGGCACUGCCCAAACCUCAAAUUAUUGCAAUCAAAGGAAGCCAGAGACGAGGCAGUGCCGGUAUAAAACCUUCCUGGGAUGCAUCUUUCCACACUGCUCCGGCUCCGAGGGCACGAGGACCAACCAUGAAGGCUCUUCUGGUGGCCCUGCUGGCUGCAGUCCUGUGUGCCCAGCAAGCUUCCUCCCUGUUUUGCUACACCUGUGACAACGAACAUUCCAACUGGAACUGCAUGAAAACCUACAAGUGUGAGGACCAUGAGAAAUACUGCGUGACCACCUACAGCAGAGCCGGACUUGGCAAGGACACGGGAUACCGCAUCACCAAGAAGUGCUCCGUGGACUGCCCGGAGACCAACGUGAACUUCGGGAUCGCCGCUUAUUCCUCCAAAUGCUGCAGCACCUCCCUGUGCAACCUGAGCGGCGCCAACAGCAUCCGGAUCAACUACGCCGUGAUCCUGCUGGGAAUCGUGGGCAGCCUGAUCUGUGUGCUCAGGGUGGGAUUGUGAUCGGGGGUGGCAGGAGAUGUGACCACCCGAGGAGCCACAAGGCGUUCCCCAAGUGAGGAACCUCGCCUGAGUGUUUCCAACGGUGACCCUGUUUUAUUCCAAGACAUUGCCUCAGAUCCCGACGUGACACGGCAGCGUAGCUCCUAUUUCCCCCCCUGUUGUUUUAUACUAAUUUUUCCCUGGAAAAGCUCUUUUGAUAGCACGUGUGUGAUAAUUGUCAGGCAAAAUAAAGAUUUGUGUUAUUCUA